GCGGAGAGAGGGGCACAGUCCUCGGCUUUUCUGGUUCAACCCGGGUCUUUGGGACGCCCCCAGGCCCCCGAUCCGCCACACCUGAGGUUCAGGGAUUGUCACGUACGUUAAAACCCCUUCUUCCGCUCGUUCCGCACCUGCCGCACAGGCCUGUUGGCCCUUUCCGGGACCAGGACACUACCACUUCAGGGCCUUCCCAUGGUGUCCCUCUGCCUAGAAGCCUCUGACCCUUCACUUGCAGAUACAUCUUUUGUGCCUCCUGACCAGAGAUUCCCCUUCAAAGAGUCAUGUGGAAUGGAACCUCCAUAAUGUUUAAAGUGCCUCCGGUGAUUCCGACCUGUAUCCAGCUUUGAGCACCAAGGCCCUGGGUCCUCCGUGUAUGAAGCUGAGAUCAGCCCAUGAUCCAGAGAGGAUUGACUUCUCAAGACUGAUCUUUGCCUGAGGAAGAAAUCUGGAAGACGAGGAAGAGGAAAGAACAGGAGUCAGGAAUGGCUCUUUCUCAGGCACUGUUGACAUUCAGGGAUGUGGCCAUAGAAUUCUCUCAGGAGGAGUGGGAAUGCCUGGACCCUGCUCAGAGGGCCUUGUACAGGGACGUGAUGCUGGAGACCUACAGGAACCUGCUCUCCCUGGAUAUCUCCAUUAGUUUUAUGACCAAGGAAUUACUAAAGAAGAAAAACAUUAAUAACAGAGAAUUAUACCAACCAGUGGUCUUGGGAAGACAUGGAAGCCAUGGUAUUGAGGAUUUUGACUUCAGCAAAGUCUGGGGAACUGUGUAUGAAUUUGAGAAUAAGUGUGGAUGUGAAGAAAGAAAUUCCAAAGGAGAGCUUAUGACAGAUAACAUAAAUCACACUGGUAGAAAAGAUAAACAAUACAGCAAAUCCUGGAUUAACUUACCUUUAAAACAAAGUGUUCCUUUAAGAAAAAGUGCAUGUCAAUAUUUAAAAAAUAGGAAGUCAUUUAUAAAGAAUUUGUUAAAAAUUAAAAAUAACAUAGUUUAUGCAGGAAACAAGUAUACAGAACAUUUUGAAAAUAGAACUGGAUUAAGCUUUCAGUCAUAUCUGGCUGAAUUGCAGAAAUUUCAAACUGAAGAGAAAAUUUAUGAAUGUAAUCAAGUUGAGAAGUCUGUCAAAACUUGUUCCUCAAUUUCAUCACUUCAAAGAUUUCCUCCUAGUGUCAAAACCAACAUUUGUAACACAUAUGGAAAGGUUUCUUCCUUCAUUCCUAUUUAUCCUUCAUUGCUUACACAGCAACAGAAAACAAACAUUAGAGAAAAAUUAUACAAAUGUAAUGAAUGUGGAAAGACUUUUAUCCAUCAUUCAGUCCUUACUAGUCAUCAGAGAAUUCAUUCUGAGCAGAGACCUUACAAAUGUAAUGAGUGUAGUAAAGCCUUUAAACAGUUCUCAAACCUCACAAGACAUCAGAGAAUCCACACUGGAGAGAAACCAUAUAAAUGUAAUAUAUGUGACAAGGUCUUUAAUCAGAAUUCCCACCUUACAAAUCAUUGGAGAAUUCAUACUGGAGAGAAACCACACAAGUGUAAUGAAUGUGGUAAGGCUUUUAUCAAAUGUUCAGACCUUUGGCGUCAUGAGAGAAUUCAUACUGGAGAGAAACCUUAUAAAUGUAACGAAUGUGGUAAGGGUUUUACCAAACGUUCAUAUCUUUGGGAUCAUCAGAGAAUUCAUACUGGAGAGAAACCAUACAAAUGUAUUGAAUGUGGCAAGGUUUUUAGGCAGUGGUCUACCCUCAGGAUUCACCGAAGAAUUCAUACUGGUGAGAAACCUUAUAAAUGUAAUGAAUGUGGCAAAGCUUUUAAGCAGUGCUCACACCUGACUAAACAUCAGAAUAUACAUCCUGGAGAAAAGCCACACAAAUGUACUGUGUGUGGCAAGGCUUUUAUCCACAUUUCAAGUCUGGUAAAACAUCAGAAAAUUCAUACUGGAGAAAAACCAUACAAAUGUAAUGAAUGUGGUAAGGCUUUCAUCCAAAGUUCAAGUCUUAUGGAACAUCAGAGAAUCCAUACCGGUGAGAAACCUUAUAAAUGUAAUGAAUGUGGCAAAGCCUUCACUGUGCGUUCAAGCCUAACUAAACAUAAAAGAAAUCAUACUGGAGAGAAACCUUACAAAUGUAAUGAGUGUGAUAAAGCCUAUACACAAUUCGUACACCUUACUAGACAUCAGAAAAUACAUACCAAAAAGAAAAAUCAUGAAUCUAAUGUACCUGAUAAUGCUUUUAUUCAGAGCUCAAGCUUGGAGGAUCAUCAGAGAAUUCAUGGUAGAGAGAAACCUUACAAAUGUAAUGAAUGUGGCAAAUCCUUUAACUGGUGUUCACGCCUCACCCGACAUCAGAGGAUCCAUACUGGAGAGAAACCAUAUAAAUGUAAUGUAUGUAGCAAGGCCUUCAGUCAAAACUCAAACCUAACAACUCAUCAGAGAAUUCAUACUGGAGAGAAACCUUACAAAUGUAAUGAAUGUGGUAAAGCCUUUAAGCAGUACUCAAGCCUCACCAGACAUCAGAAUAUACAUCCUGGAGAGAAGCCACACAAAUGUAAUAUGUGUGGUAAGGCUUUUAUCAAACGUUCACACCUUUGGGGUCAUGAGAGAAUGCAUACUGGAGAGAAGUCAUACAAAUGUACUGAAUGUGGCAAGGCCUUUAGACAAUGGUCUGACCUUAGGAUUCACCAAAGAAUUCAUACUGGAGAGAAACCCUUAGAAAUGUAAUGAAUGGUGUAAAUCAUUUAACCAUUUUAAACAACGGACUAUAAUCAGAUAACUUAUACUAGGGAGACUAAGUCUCUAGUCCUAGAUUAAUCAAUUUCAGAUGUUAAGUUCUUCACAGUUAUUAAAAGUCAAAAUCAUUUCAAAUUUAUGAAAUGAUGGGUAUUGGUAGAGCAAGGAGAUCGUUGGAAAUGUACCAUUUCCUCUUUUUAAAAAUACUUUUAUCAUAUGAAGUUUCUUGAAAAGGCUGUAUUACUAUUGAUGUUUUUCAACCUGAAAUUUAAAAUUUAUUGAUGUUAUGCCUUCAUCACUUGCUUUUAUGUGUUACCAUGAUGGGCUCUGCUAAGGGAUCAUUAAGAUAAAAGGGUCUACUUGUAUUAGGUGGGGAUCAUUCAUAUUCAUGUUUUCUGAAGGAACAGGACACUGAAUUUUAACAACAUUGUGUUUUUGAAUGAGAGCUUGGGAAAUAUAUGUAAAACAAUGAUGUAAAUCAUAAUAAUUUCAGAUCCUCUUCUACAGAUUUGUUGGUACAACAGAGGACCCACUGGAUUACCAGUGCUCUGCCCGUUGAGGGUGAAACAGAGCAGUCCUUAAGAUUAAGAGACUGAGAUUUUCAUGAGAAUAGGAUGAUAGGCUAAUAGGGACUGCUUAUGUGGUAGAAAUAAUGGAGAAGAAAUGAUGGUCCUCCUCUCUUUUCAAAUAAAAUAGCUGAUGUCAAAGAUGAGAGAGGGGCUUCCCUGGUGGCGCAGAGGU